AUGGGUGACCUAUGGGUACUUCUGCUUUUACCUCUGUCCCUGGCAGCCUUUCAUGGGGUCAAAGGCUGUUUGGAGUGUGACCCCAAAUUCAUAGAGGAUGUUAGGACCUUGUUGGGAAAUCUGGUACCUGUAGAAGUUCCUGGGAGAACUCAACUGCUUGACAGACAACAUAAGGAGAUAACCUACUUAAGCUCCAAAGUCUCCCACAAGGAUAAGACGCUUCGGUUGUUGGAUGUUCGAAAUGUUGUCAAAUUGAGAGUAUGGCUCAAGGAGGAACUUUAUAAACUGGGCAAUGAAACAUGGAAAGGUGUCUUUAUCACCCAAGGCAAGUUUCUUAGUGUUCGCCAACACCUGGAAUCCCAACUGAAAGAAACGCUAAAGAACUUCGCUGAAGUUGCUUGCUCAGAAGAUUGCAUUGUAACUGAAGGCCCUGUCCUUGACUGUUGGACCUGUCUUCGAAUGACCACCCGAUGUUUCAGAGGAGACUAUUGUAAAGACGAGAAUCCAAGGAAAGCUGAAAACCGAGAGAUUGCGCUGUAUCUGGCAUUGAUUGCAGAAGCUGUAAUAUUGGCAAGUGCUGUGUUACUAUUCCAUUUUUGUAUCUCACAUCGGAGAAAAAUGAAGGUAAUACGAAGGACAUUGAAGACAUAUUUGGAGAAGAAACUUGAAGAAUUAGUGGGAGUUGUAGAUACAGAUGAUGAGCAAAAGGAACUGGAGACCCUGAAAUCAAAUUCACAGUCUCAGACAGGAAAUCCUUCAAGUGUUGAGUCAGAGUUGCAAACUGGGACUUGA